AUGAGUGUUAAGUAAACAAAGAAAGAAAUAGCUAACCUAGUGGUUAAUUGUCGCUCUUAAAAAAUCAGUAUUAAGAAGUUUUUCGAUUUAAUGAAGGUUUAACAAAAGCAUUACACUGACUUCUCCUAUUCAGGAAAUGGUGCGUUUUCAUUUGUGCUAAAAUCAACCAACAAAAAGACAGGUUAAAUCGUAGCUCUCAAAGUGACUGAAUGCAAUGAUAACGAAAUAAAUGGUAUGAAGGAGAUUGAAGAAGAAUAUAGACUGCUUAGAUAAUUUUCUAACUGUAAGUACAUCGUUUAGGUAUUUAAUUGUUUCUUUUUAACUGAAGAAGAAAGUUCAGAUGAAGAUAGCAGUAAUGAUGAAGAAGAAGAAGGAAAAAAAAAUGUUCAAAAGAGUAUCAAAUAACAAAAAAACCAAAAAAAUCUGUUCUUUGUUGUUGAGCAAGAGUUCUGUUAAACAAAUUUGGAAAAUUUCUUCACUCAAUGCAGAUUAAAAAAAUCUUACCCAUGCUAACAAUAGAAAGAAGUUAUGACAAUUUAAAUGCUUGAUUCUAUAGCCUAUCUUCACAGAUUUGAUUUACUUCAUAGGGAUAUCAAACCAUCAAAUUUUCUUCUUUCAUUAGAUGAGAAGGAAAUUCCUACUGUCAAGAUAUGUGAUUUGUCUUUUGCUUCUGCUCUUAAGAACAAUAAAUCCAUAAUUACAGUUUCUAAAAUUAAAGGAACUUAAGCUUAUUUUGCUCCAGAAGUAGAAAAAGGCAUUUACAAAAAAGGGUCAGACAUUUUCUCAUUAGGACUAGUUUUGUUAGAGUUAGAUAAUAUGUCAACUUUUAACUUUAAUGACACUACAAAUGAAGAUAAACUAGAAAUUAAAUUUGCUAAGAUUUUCCCUAAUUAUUAGAUUGACAGACAAUCAUAUAUCUAUAAGAUAGCUAACUAAUGUCUAAAUUACUCUGUAGAAAAUCGAAAAUAGGCCAUAGAUUUACUCAUUCAGUUCAUAUAAGAAAACUAAAAAUACUUAGCAGUUGAACUUUCUUCUGUAAUUAACAGAUCUUAAUUGUAGUAGAAAUCAGAGCAACUAAGCUAAAUUCAAAAAACUAUUAUAGAAAAGUAAUAGAAAAUGAAGAGUGAAAUCUUAGAACUCUCUUAAUCAUCCAAAAAUCAAAAACAUUUCAAAAAUUUAAUCUAAAUGUUUGAUGUGCUUCAGUAAAAACCUUUUAAGGCAUAAGAAUUUGAAACUAUUCUAAAGUUACUUUAGAGUAUUCCUAAAUAUGAUAGCAAUUUUGAAUUCAUUUCUGUAGGUGCGAAAGGUUUGGUCCUUGGAACUUUUAACAAAACUUUAGGAAUUAAAACAGUUUUAAAGAUUCAAUAAGUUCAAUCUAAGCAUGAAGUUGUUCAAGAAGUUGGAAUCAUGAGAGAUUGCUAAAUGCCUCUUGUCAUUAAGUUUUAUGGAUAUUUCUACUUGUCAGUCAAUAAAAAAGAUGAUUUUGUAGUUUAUGAGAUAGAGAAAUGUUCUGGUAACUUAAAAUAGUAUUUGACAAGACUUCAAAAAGAAAAUAUUGUGCUUACUGAUAAUCAAAAAAUGCAAAUUGCUGUAUAGAUUAUUGAUGUUGUAAAUUAUCUAAAUUAUAAUGGAAUUGUUCACAGAGAUAUCAAAUUAGAUAACAUUCUCUAUAUUGAAAGUUAAUCUGAUGUUCCUACAAUUAAAUUAACCGAUUUUGAUUAAUCUAGAAAGGUGCCUUAUGAAUUGUAUUAUAGAGAUGAUGAAUUAGUUAAAGACUACUUUCCAGUAUAAGGAAUUAGUGGCACAUUAGGGUAUAUAGCACCAGAAUUUUUCUAAAACAUUUUUUACACUUUUGAGUGUGAAAUAUUCUCAGUUGGAGUUUGUCUUGCUCUAUUAGAUAAUUUUGAGAAACUAGAACCUGUUAUUUUAAAAAAAGCACAAGAUUACUUUUUUGGAUUCAAAAUACCUUUUGAAUAAAAUUUUAAUGUAAAAGAAGAAUUAAUAAACAGAAAGAGUUAGAUUUAUGACAUCCUACUACAAACUGUUGUAUUUCAACCAAAGUAAAGGAAACCCUUAUCUUAGAUACUCCUUAACUUUUAAAAACAUGGAUAUUAUUAUUAUUCUCAAAUUUUUUCUCAAAUUUCAACUGUCACUUCAGAUCUUAAAUAUUUGAAAAUACUUUCUCUUGAUAACAAAAAUUAAAAAUUACUUAAAGGUGAUGCUAGAAAAAUCGCUUCCGAAAUAGCUAAAUGUCCUACUCUCUCUACUUUAAGCCUUUACCUCUAUAACAACAACAUAGGCUCAGAUGGGGCGAAAGCAGUUGCUUCCGAAAUAGCUAAAUGUCCUACUCUUUCCACUUUAAGCCUUGACCUUAGGUCUAACAACAUAGGCUCAGAUGGGGCGAAAGCAGUUGCUUCCGUAAUAGCUAAAUGUCCUACUCUCUCCACUUUAAGCCUUAAAAUCUCGGGUAAUAGUAUAGGCUCAGAUGUGGCGAAAGCAAUUGCUUCCGAAAUAGCUAAAUGUCCUACUCUCUCCACUUUAAGCCUUGACCUUGGGUCUAACAACAUAGGCUCAGAUGGGGCGAAAGCAGUUGCUUCCGAAAUAGCUAAAUGUCCUACUCUCUCCACUUUAAGCCUUUACCUCUAUAAAAACAAAAUAGGCUCAGAUGGGGUGAAAGCAAUUGCUUCCGAAAUAGCUAAAUGUCCUACUCUCUCCACUUUAAGCCUUGACCUUGGGGAUAAUAGUAUAGGCUCAUAUGGGGCGAAAGUAUUUGCUUCCGAAAUAGCUAAAUGUCCUACUCUCUCCAGUUUAAGCCUUUACCUUGGGAAAAAUAGUAUAGGUCCAGAUGGGGCGAAAGCAGUUGCUUCCGAAAUAGCUAAAUGUCCUACUCUCUCCACUUUAAGCCUUGACCUCUAGUGGAAUAGAAUAGGUUCAGAUGGGGCGAAAGCAGUUGCUUCCGAAAUAGCUAAAUGUCCUACUCUUUAAGAUUUAAGGAUUGAUUUAAGGAGUAAUUAAAUAAAUGGGGAUGUUUAGUUUAUGAAUCUUUUACCAAAAGAUAUUUAUUUAAAAGUUAAACAUUGA